AUGACGGUGGACAGGGCCGGCUGCGGCGGCCCGGCAGGCCGCGCGGCGGCCGGCCAGUGCGCGGGGUCCCUGCGCUUCAGGUGUGCGCCCGUAUUGGAUGUCCAGCAGUCACAGCUCGUGGAGUUCUUGGCACGGGGGCACAGGUACGAUCGUGAGUCCGUCGCCGUCGCUGUGAGGGAGGGGAACGAUCUUUUCGACGCGCGGGACUCGUCGAGGGCUUUCGACGCAUACGGCGUUGCUUACGAGCUGGCGCGGCUGACGUUUGACUACCGACCGCUCCUCUACGACCUGCUGAUUCGCCGCGCGAUCUGCCGGUCGAUGCUCGGCGACGUGGAGGGUGCUCUGGCGGAGGUCUCUCUCGCCGAGCGGGUCGUGCCACACGAGUCUGCUAUUCACUUGCUCCGAGGGCUACUGCACAUGAAGCUGGGGGCCCGGGAGGUCGCCUCCCACUGCCUGCUGCAAGCGGCCAUCCAGAACCGCGAGCUCCGCGACCUCGUCGAGUCCUUCGUCGGCCUCUGCUGGCUGAGAUGGGGUGAGUGCGACAAGGCGGUGAAGGUCUGCUCCAGGGUGCUGAGCCGCGCGCCAGCGUGCCCCCUCGCGCUGCUUGCCCGCCGGGACGCCUAUAGGUACCACCCCUCCGGCCGCUUCGCUCGACAGGCCGAGGCGGACGCCGCCGCGGCCGCCGCGCUGGGCGCGGGGCUGCCGGCGCGCCUCGGCCAGCGCCUGGACGCCUCGGAGCCGUGCCAGUUGGACGAGCUGCUGCUGCACUUCCACCCAUCGCUUCGGGAGCAGGGCGGCGAUGAUGGGCCAGUCUUCCACCACCGCUACCGUAGGUAG